AUGAGUUGCAAAAUAAACUCCUUAAGCCCACCAUUUCCAUGCAAAUUGUGCACCAAGAAAUCAAAGUUUAGAAGAAGAAGCACUAUCUUCUUUUCCUUUUCAAGUGAAAAACAGGAAAAUAUCAUUUCCACAAGCAUUGAACCCUCAACAACCGAGUCUUACACUGUCAGUUUCAAGACAGAAAAGGGUUGCAGGCUUGGAAUUUCAAGGUAUCCUGACUUUGAGUAUGAUGCUGAAGGGGGAAUAGGAACUGGAGUUGGUGCGAAGGUCACAGAGAAUUCAACCGAAAAUGACCUUCCUGUUUCAUUUGAUCUUGAAACUUUGUAUAUUCCACCACUAACAAGUUCUACAACCAAGUUUCUUGGAUUGCCAUUGCCACCAUUUUUGAAGAUUGAUAUAGUUCCACAAGCAUUCCAAGGAAGUAUUAACCAAGAAUCUGGCAAGGUUGAUCUUGAGUUCAAGGCCAGAUUCAUUUUUUCUGCUGGUAGUCUCUAUAAGGCUGCCCCACUGCUGGUGAAGACAGUGUUGACAUCUGAAGAAUCAAAGGGCAUUGUGAAGAGUGGAAGAGGCAAGAGAUUGGAUAAAGAGGGAAAAUGCAGAUUGGUUGGUGUGGCAACAGUUGAUCCUAUCGAUGAUUUCCUUGUAAAUUCCUUUCUUGGUCUUCCAACUGAGUGCCUUGCUGACUUAAAGGCUGUAAUCUCCAUUUCUUCCUCAUCUUAA